AUGGUGGACGAAUACAUCAACUGGAACGAGGAUAUCGGAGAAUGGCAGCUGAAAUGUGUGGCAUAUACUGGGAACAAUAUGCGGAAACUUUCCGUUGGCGAUUCACCGGAAAAGAAUAGAAGCAAGAACGCUGGUGUUCGUGCUGCAGCCGGAGAAACGAAUCUGACCCACAUGUAUAUUUCAUACGCCGAAGACGGGUUGAGAGUCCCAUUUAAUCCAGACCGAAAGCAAAGACAAGACCGACCGAAGACGGCCGCCGGGAAACGACUGCUCAACUGACGAGUUCCGCCCAUGAACGAAAUGCCUUGAUCUCACUGAAUUAGUUUUUUUUUUCGUUCCUAGUCAUGAAUGUGAUACACUCUGCGAGAACUACUGUGACUUUGGUUUUUAAAUGGAUUUCGUCUUCAGUU